AUGUCUGAAGACCUAACAACACCUCAAGUCGUUGACGAUAUCGAAAGAUCGCACAACUUAGUACGGACCGCCAAGGAUAUAACGGCGGGAACAAUCAGUGGGAUAGCGCAAGUUUUGGUGGGACAGCCAUUUGAUAUUACGAAAGUACGACUGCAAACUUCGCCGGCUAAUUCCAAUGCAAUUGAUGUUAUAAAGAAUUUGGUCAAAGAGGAGGGGCCGAUGGCAUUCUACAAGGGUACCUUGGCGCCGCUAGUUGGGAUUGGAGCCUGUGUGUCGUGCCAGUUCGGUAUCAACGAGGCGAUGAAAAGAUAUUUCCAUUCUAGUAAUGGUGGUCAUGAUUCGAAGUUAUCUCUGAGGCAAUACUACUGCUGUGGUGUUGUUAGUGGUGCAGCUAACGCAUUUCUGGCCACACCCAUUGAGCAUGUCAGAAUACGUUUGCAGAUUCAGAAAAAAUCAACAGGUACAAAUGCAUAUACCGGUUCGUUGGACUGUUUCAAGAAACUAUUGAAGCAGAAGGUACUGAUGAGGGGACUUAGCGCGACGAUGUUGAGAACUUCGCAUGGAUUUGGUAUGUACUUUUUGACCUACGAAGCCUUGACCAAUGAGCAGAUCAAAAAGGGCAUCAAAAGAGAGGACAUACCAACUUGGAAAGUCUGCCUAUUUGGUGCGGUAGCGGGAGCCUUCUUCUGGGCAACAACGUACCCAUUCGACGUCAUCAAAUCCGUUAUGCAAGCUGAUAAGCUGCAUGCACCGGAAAAUGGCACAAACGUCUUCCAGGUUGCCAAAAGCAUUUACGCUAAAAGAGGUCUAUCAGCGUUUGCCAAAGGUUUUGCUCCAACAAUGCUCAGGUCCUUGCCCGUCAAUGGAGCAACCUUUGCAACCUUCGAGGUUGCCAUGAGGCUGCUUGCAUAA